AUGAGCUCCUCUGCUACCGCCUCUGUGCACAAUUGCACCAAUGAUCAACUCCUGUCUUACCUGGAAGCCCUGGAUGAGUAUCAGCUAGAGGAAUUCAAACUUUGCCUCCAGUCCCAACAGCUGCUGCUUGCAAACUUCCGGCCAAUCCCCUGGGCAAACUUGAAAGCUGCUGAUCCUCUUAAUCUGUUCUUUCUUUUGAAUGAACACUUCUCAGAAUGGCAGGCAUGGGAAGUGGCCCUCAGCAUCUUCAAGAACAUGAAUCUGACUUCACUAUGUGAGAAAGUUAAAGCAGAGAUGAGAGUAAAUAUGCAGACCCAGGGAAUCCAAGUUCCAAACCAAGAAGAACUAGAGUUUCCAGAAGAAGAAACAGGCCACAGAAAAAAAUACAGAGAGAGAAUGAGGGCUAAAAUACUGGCCAUAUGGGACAAUAUCCCUUGGCCUGAAGACCAUAUAUAUCUCCGUAAUACAACAGAGCAGGAACAUGAAGAACUGAAGAACAUACUGGAUCCCAAUGGGACUGGAGCCCAGGCCCAGACAAUAGUCUUGGAGGGUAGGGCAGGGGUGGGAAAGACCACCCUGGCUAUGAAGGCCAUGUUGCAUUGGGCAGAUGGCCUUCUCUUUCAGCAUAGGUUCUCCUAUGUUUUCUAUCUCAGCUGCCAUAAGAUGAAAGACAUGGAGGAGGUCACCUUUGCUGACCUGCUUUCUUGCGACUGGCCCGACUUUCAGGCCCCCAUUGAAGAGUUCAUGUCUCAGCCCGAGAGGCUCCUGUUCAUUGUUGAUGGCUUUGAGGAAAUGACUAUGCCUGAAUUACACCCUUAUAACUUGGAUGACAACCUGCCGUGUGCAGACUGGUAUCAGAAACUCCCAGUGACCAAAAUCCUACUCAGCUUGUUAAAGAAAGAGUUGGUUCCUCUGGCCACCUUAGUUAUCACGACCAGGACCUUUAAUUUGAAAGAUCUUCAGAAUCUAUUAGUGAAUCCGUGUUUUGUAGAAAUCACAGGGUUUGAAGGGGACAACCAGGAAGAGUAUUUCGUCAGGCACUUUGGUGACCCCAAAAAAGCCAAGAAAAUCUUGCGUCAGAUAAGAAAAAAUGAAACUGUCUUUAAUUCCUUCUGUGCUCCCAUGUUGUGCUGGGCUGUAUGUUCCUGUCUGAAGCAGCAGAAGGCAAGACAUUGUGAUCUCCAGCCAAUCACCCAGACUACCACCAGUCUGUAUGCCUAUUUUUUCUCCACCUUGUUCUCAACAGCAGAGGUGAGAUUGGCAGAGCAGAGCUGGCCGGGACAAUGGAGGGUCCUCUGUGCUCUGGCUGCAGAGGGGAUGUGGUCUAUGACCUUCUCGUUUAGAAAAGAGGACACCCGGUACAGGUGCCUGGAAGCACGUUUUAUUGAUUCUCUCUUCAGGUUCAAUAUUCUUCGAAAGGUCAGUGACUGUGAAGAUUGCAUUACCUUCACUCACUCAAGUUUCCAGGAGUUCUUUGCAGCCAUGUUCUAUGUGCUAGAGGAAACUGAAGGGUCCCUUGAUGGUUCCACAAAACUUAAAGAGAUGAAGAUUCUACUGAGUGCUGUCUUCGUUGACAGAAACUUCUAUUGGACUCCACUGGUUCUUUUCUUCUUCGGUCUUUUAAAAAAAGACCUAGCAAGAGAAUUGGAGAAUACUUUGCAUUGUAAACUAUCUCCCAGGAUAAUGGAGGAAUUAUUAGAAUGGGGAGAAGAGCUAGAUAAGCCUGAAACUGUCUCUAUGCAAUUUGACGUCCUACAAUUUUUUCGCUGUUUACAUGAGACUCAGGAGGAAGACUUUGUAAGGAAGAUGUUGGGUCACAUCUUUGAAGCUGACCUUGAUAUUUUGGGAAACAUAGAACUCCGCGUUUCCUCGUUUUGCCUAAUGCACUGUCAAAGGUUGAAUAAACUAAGGCUGUCUGUCAGCAGUACCAUCCUUCAAAGGGAAUUGACUUCUGAUGUGGAAACUCUGGAGCUCUGGUUUUGCCAGCUUGGGGCACUCAGUUGUAAGCACUUGUCAGAUGCUCUGCUCCAGAACAAGGGUUUGACACAUCUGAAUCUGAGCAAGAACCACCUGGGAGAUGAGGGAGUGAAAUUUCUGUGUGAGGCCUUGUGUCGUCCGGAUUGCAGUCUGCAGAACCUGGACUUGUCAGAUUGUUCUUUCACAACAGUGGGCUGCCAGGAGCUUGCUAAAGCCCUGGAGCAUAAUCAUAAUGUGCAAAUUUUGGAUAUUGGGAGAAAUGAUCUUCAGGAUGACGGCAUAAAACAACUGUGUGAGGCACUGAAACAUCCUAGUUGUGUGUUGAACACACUUGGGUUGGAGAAAUGCAAUUUGACACCAGCUUGCUGCCAGCAUCUCUCCUCUGUUCUCAGCAGCAGUAAAAACCUGGUUAACCUGAACCUGAUAGGCAAUGACUUAACGCCUGAUGGGGCCAAGACACUGUGUAAGGCCUUGAGAAAAUUAACGUGUAAACUACGGAAACUUGGGUAA